AUGCAGGGCGCGGACGGCGACCGCGGGCUGGUCUACCGCGCGGCGGAGCUCAUCUACAGCUCGGUGGCGCAGCAGCAGCACGUCUACGAGUUCCACGUGACGGUGCAGGUCGUGGAGGUGUACAACGAGGAGAUCUACGACCUGCUGGCGGCGCCUGCCACCGACAGGGGCUCGCCCUCCAGUCUGGCCAAAAUGGGCUGCCACGUCGGCGCCACGAGCAUGUGCGGCAACCAGCCCUCGAGCUCCUCGGCGACGCUGGAGAUCCGCCACGGAGAGAAUGGGGUCUACCUCAAGAACGUGGAGGCGGUGGCCGCACCCAGCGCCAAGGAGCUCCACGACGCCAUCGCGCGCAGCAAGGCCAGCAGGGCCAAGAACGACCGCAGCAACCGCGCCCACACCGUCGUGAUGAUCGACAUCCGGCGCACCAGCAAGGCGAACGGCGAGGAAGACGCGGGAAGGCUGGCGCUCGUGGACUUGGCGGGCUCGGAAAGGCUGUCCAAGACGGCGGACACGCCCGCCAUCACCGUCCGUGAAUCGCAGCACAUCAACAAGUCGCUGGCGGCUGUAGGAGACGUCCUGGCGGCGCUGCUGGCCAAGGAGAAGCACAUCCCGUUCCGCAACACCAAGCUCACCCACUUGCUGCAGGACUCGCUCAGCGGCAGCACCAAUCGCACGCUGCUCAUUGUCCACGUGAGCCCGAGAAGCGCCGACGUGAACGAGACCAUCAACUCGCUCAAGUUCGCGUCGCGCGUCAGCCACAUCCAGACGGGCAAGUCGCAACGCACAGAGCGUGCCGAGAUCUCUCGCCUGAACGGAGUGGUGAGGAUUGAUUGUUUUCUGUUUGUUGCCAACCAAGUCUCACAGAUCCAGGCGCUCCAAGAGAAGCUGGCAGCCGAGCUAGAGCUACGCAAGAAGUACGAGAAGCGGCUGGAAGAGUACCGUCAGGAGGAGCAUCGCCGCAGGUCGAAGGGCGAUGAGAGAAGAGCUUUGCAGCAGAUGAGGACCCCGUCACCAGAACUGCCACCCCCAAUCUCAUCGCGCAGGUGGAGUUUGUAUGCACGAAAGGAGAAGCUUGCCAAUGCCCAGGGGCUCAAUGGCAUCGAAAACGUUGCUGAAAACAUUCUCCGAGGCAACGAGUCUUCACCCGAAACUGCAGAGAUUAGGACGACGAGUAGUGGCAAACCGAGCGGCAUCUCUCCUCCCACAAACUUCUCGCGACGACUCAGUUUGUCUGCUCUGGAUCAAAAGGCUAGGCCUCCAAGUCGAGCUGCGCAGACAGGGAAGAGGAAGAGAACAGCUGCGUCCGAUAAAGUUCGCAGCAUUCUCAAGAAGCAGCGUGGCGACGACGAAGUUGUCGACUUGACGGCGAUCGAUAGCGACAACAACGUAGCAGCAUCCAAGCAAGUCUCAUUUGACUUGUCGCUCGCAACCAUCGGCACAUCGGCUUUGCCUUCUCGUGAGCUGACCGCCACACCCAGCGCCCCUCGGGUGUAAGUGCUGCAUACUUAAACCAAAACCAGCCUCGAUCACGAUCUCACUGAUUCUGUGCGUGCAGCUCUGUAGGUGGAGCGGUGCGAGUUCUUGCCGCGACCAGGACGGCGACGCCGGCGAGAAGGGUUACAUCGGCUUCUAG